AUGAGUAUUAUUACCUUGUUGAUUUUUUUGCUACCCUUUUGCCUCUUAAACUUGAGCACCAACAACAUUUUUGUAACUGGUCAUUGUCUUGGCCAUCAACAAUCUUUGUUGCUGCAUUUGAGGAACAACCUCAUAUUCAAUCCAACAAAGUCCAAAAAACUGAUUCACUGGAACCAAAGUGAUGAUUGUUGUGAAUGGACUGGAGUGACAUGCAACAAAGGCCAUGUUAUAGGUCUUGACUUGAGCCAAGAAUCCAUCUCUAGAGGUACUGAUCAUUUAAGCAGUCUCUUCAAGUUGCAAUAUUUGCAGAGUUUGAAUUUGGCCCACAAUGAUUUUCAUUCUGAGAUUCCUCCAGAGUUCAAAAAGCUAAAGAGUUUGAGGCAUUUGAAUCUGUCAAAUGCUGGAUUUGAGGGGCAAAUUCCAAUUGAGAUUUCUUUCCUGACCAAGUUAGAAACUCUUGAUUUGUCUAACACAGUUACUUCAAAACAUGGUUUGAAUGGAGUCUUUCCAGAAAAUAUCUUCCAAAUACCAUCAUUGCAGGUGCUUGAUGUGUCUUAUAAUCCAAGUCUUCAUGGCUCUCUACCAAACUUUCCAAGUCAAAGCUCUCUCUACAACUUCAACCUUAGCCACACAAAUUUUUCUGGGCCUCUGCCAGAAUCUAUUGACAAUUUGAAGCAAUUGUCUAAAUUAGACCUAUCAAAUUGCCAGUUCAGAGGAACACUUCCUUAUUCAAUGUCAAAUCUCACCCAACUUGUUCAUCUAGACCUAUCAUACAAUAACUUUACUGGUCCUAUUCCAUCUUUUAGUAAAUCCAAGGCCAUGGUAGUUUUAUCCCUUAAUCAUAAUCAUUUUACAGGUACAGUUCCAUCUACUCAUUUUGAAGGCCUUACAAAUCUGAUAAGCAUUGAUUUAGGAGAUAACUCCUUUGAUGGAAGAGUCCCUUCAUCUUUAUCAAGACUUCAAUCUCUUCAACAUCUCAUGCUUUAUUACAACAAAUUUGAUGGUGUGUUGGAUGAAUUUCCAAAUGCUUCUGUGUCAUCAUUAGAGAUGCUUGAUUUGAGUGGCAACAACUUUGAAGGGCCUAUUCCUAUGUCUGUCUUUCAACUCAAAAGACUUCGUUUGCUUUAUCUUUCCAAAAAUAAGUUCAAUGGCACUUUACAACUUGGUGCGAUUGGGAGGCUGCAGAAUCUGUCUUCACUUGAUCUUGCACACAAUAACUUGUCAGUUGAUGCAAGAAUUGAUGAUGCAUCAACAUUUCCCAGUUUGAAAACUCUCUGGUUAGGUUCAUGCAAUUUGAGAGCAUUCCCUGAAUUUUUGAGAAACAAAUCUUCACUGCUCUACCUAGACUUGUCUAGCAAUCACAUUGAAGGAACAAUACCAAACUGGAUUUGGAAAUUUGACAGUAUGGUUAUUUUGAAUGUUUCUUACAACUUUCUGACAGAUUUUGAAGGGCCUUUCCAAAACCUUACUUCAAAUUUGUUCAAACUUGACCUUCACUCAAACAGUCUCCAAGGGCCUGCUCCUACUUUUCUGAAAAAUGCCAUUUAUUUGGACUACUCAAGCAAUAACUUCAGCUCUAUUAACUUUGUCGACAUUGCUAAUCACAUUCCUUUCUUGUACUUUCUCUCCCUCUCAAACAACAGUUUUCAUGGAAAAAUUCAUGAAUCCUUUUGUAACAUUUCAGAUCUUCGAGCACUUGAUCUUUCUCAUAACAGAUUCAAAGGCCUCAUUCCAAUGUGUUUGACAGGAAGUAGCAAACUCAGGCUACUAAAUCUUGGUGGAAAUAAACUCGAUGGUUACAUUUCGGAUACAUUCUCAACUUCAUGUUCUCUAAGGUUUUUGGAUCUUAGUGGGAAUCUUCUAAGGGGAACCAUCCCAAAAUCUCUAGCUAAUUGCCAAAAACUACAAGUUCUAAACCUUGGAAACAAUCAACUAACUGACAGAUUUCCAUGCUUCUUGAAGAGCAUCUCCUCCCUCAGAGUCAUGAUUUUAAGGUCAAACAAAUUGCAUGGGAGUAUUGGAUGUUCCAAUAACAUUGGCAAUUGGGAAACACUUCAAAUUGUUGAUUUAGCCUCCAACAAUUUCAGUGGCACAUUACCAUCAUCACUCUUACUGAGUUGGAAAACUCUGAUGCUUGAUGAAGAUAAGGGUGGACGAUUUGGCCAUCUAUACUUCAAUCUCUAUGAUGACUUUAAUCCUGUGAAUUUCAUAACUGCAAUUGUAGAUCUCAGUAGUGAGCUACAAAUAGAGUUAGCAAAAGUUAUAGCAUCAGAGCCAACCCUUAUAAUAGACCACAUAAUCUCUCAUGUAUUUGAGGAAGGUGUUGGUGUGAGAACAUACGAGGAUUCGGUUACAAUUGUGAACAAAGGUAGACAGUUAAAUUUGGUUAAAAUCCUCACUGCCUUCACUUCCUUGGAUUUCUCAUCAAACAGUUUGGAAGGGCCAAUACCAGAAGAGCUUAUGAAUCUCACUGCACUGCAUGCUCUUAACUUGUCACAGAACACUUUCUCAGGUAGCAUCCCUUCUUCCUUAGGCAAUCUGAAGCACCUUGAGUCCUUGGACUUGUCAGAAAACUCUUUGAGUGGAGAGAUUCCAACAGAGCUUGCAGAGUUAUCAUUUCUUGCUGUCAUGAAUCUUUCUUACAACCAUUUGGUGGGCAAAAUACCCACAGGCACACAAAUUCAGACAUUUGAGGGUGAUUCUUUUGUGGGCAAUGAAGGGUUAUGUGGACCUCCACUAACCCAGAACUGUGAUGGUGGAAGGAAAAAGCUUUCACCACCAGCAUCUGAAACGCCUGAUUCUGAUACAAAGGGUUCAAUUGAAUGGAAUAUCUUGAGUGUGGAAUUGGGGUUUACUUUUGGCUUUGGAAUUUACAUAUUCCCACUCAUUUUCUUGAAGAGAUGGAGAAUGUGGUAUUCCAACCAUGUGGAAAACAUCCUCUGCAAGAUUGUUCCUCAGCUUGAUUUUGUUUAUGUGCAUCGUGUGGGACAAAAUUAUAGAAUCAUGAGGUGGAACCCCUACUGA